AUAUAUAUAAUUAAUGGAUGCAUCAAAAGUUCUUGUAUUCUUUGUCUUGUUUAUUGCAGCUACAACGAUUCCGAGUUUCCAUGCCUUCGACCCCGACUUGCUUCAGGACUUAUGCGUCGCUGAUACUUCCAAAGGGAUAAAAGUGAAUGGAUUCCCAUGCAAGGAGGAUACCAACAUAACAGCCUCAGACUUCUUCUUCGCCGGACUAGCAACCCCCGCCGUAGUCAACAACUCCAUCGGGUUCGCCGCCACGCAAGCCAAUGUUGACAGCGUCCCCGGCCUCAACACCCUCGGCAUUUCCCUCAACCGUGUCGAAUACUCACCAAACGGUGGUCUCGUUCCACCCCACACGCACCCACGCGCCACCGAGAUCAUCUUCAUCCUUGAAGGAGAACUCGACGUUGGAUUCAUAACCACUGCCAACAAACUGAUUUCCAAGACCAUAAAAAAAGGUGAAGUCUUUGUCUUCCCCGUAGGCCUACUCCAUUACCAGCAGAACAACAAGGAUAAACCUGCUUCCGCUAUCGUCGCCUUCAACAGCCAGCUGCCGGGAAUAUUGGUGGUUGCUCCCGCCUUGUUUUCCUCCUCUCCAGCCAUCGACAAUGACGUCCUUGGUAGAACUUUCCAGAUUGGGACUGAUAAGGUGGGAGAGAUUAAAUCAAGGUUUGCUCCGUCCUAAGAAAAAGUGAGAACUCUGUUUAUAUGUAUUAGCUAGCCUAUUAUAGUCAAGUAUUUCAAUUGAGUUUGAUAUGCAUCGAAGUGGAAACAUUAUAUUUGCGAGUUUCGAUGUGACCAAUUCUUCACCCACAAACUUGAAAAGGGCAUAUGAAGACUUGGUAUCAAAACAAUAUUAAAUUCUGUUGUAUUUGAUCACUCAAACCAGUCAAAUAAA